AUGCAGUUCUCUACCUCUUUCCUCGUCGCUGCCCUCUUCGGCACUGCCUUUUCCAUCCCUCAAGCUGCACCCACUGAUUGCCCCCAGACCUCUGCUAUCCCAGCCUGCGGUGCCCCCUGCAUCUCCUCCGCAGCUGCUGCGGUUGGCUGCAGCGACAUUGCCUGCCAAUGCGCCAGCUCCGAUGCUGUCCAGGCUUCGGCCCUCAACUGUGUUGUUGGUAACUGUGGAAUCGCAACCGCUAUUCAGGUUCGGGAUGCCGCUGCUGCUGUAUGCACAGCUUGUGCCUAA